AUGGCAAAACCAGUAAAAUCCAAUAACCAAAGAAAACUAGUCAGUAAGAAAAUUUUAACUGAUCGCAUUAGCACUAAUCUAAGUAAAAAUCAUUCUCUUUCUAAAAUCCAAAUUGAAACGGUUUUAAGUGAACUUUUGGAAGAAACCAAGAAAGCACUGAUUAAAGGUGAAGAAUUAAGGUUCCCGAGUUAUUUUUCGGUGAAAACCACUCUGCAAGCUGCUCGAGUAGCCAUGAACCUCCAAACUAAGAAAAAAAUGUCUAUUCCGGCUAAACGAGUACCUAAGUUAAAAAGGUUUUUACUACUGAUAUUCUCUUUAUUAUUCAGUGAUAAAGAUAAUUUAGCUGGGCAAGUAAAAAACCAACCAAAACAUCAACCCCGAGUUUCCAACUUAGAGUGUAGCAAACAAGAAAUUACCGCUUUUUUAGAAGAUGGACGCAAAUUAACUGUUCCAACUACUUGA